UUCUUCUUCUUCCCGACUCUUCCUCCCGACAAUCCCCCCAAGCCCUUCUUGCCACCGACUCAUGUUGAGAAAAAUUGGUGACCAAGCUUGGGAUUUUCUCUUUCUUUUCUUGUUCUUGAACCCAGAAAUCCCCCCCCCCUCUGCUGGAAAUUCCAGAUCUGCUCUGCUCCUCCCCUGCAGCCGGCAAGAGCCCUAGCCACCGCCACCCAUUUCCGGCCGGAAAUCUGGCAAAGCUUGGGGAUUUCUCCCUAUUUUCUUGUUCUAGAACAGCCACUAAACCAAAAUUUCCAGAUCUGUUCUGCUCUGCGUCGUCCUCUCUUUGAUGUCCGCGAGUUCUGCUAUGUGGGUUUGAGUUUCUGGGCAUUUUUCAGCCGUGAGUUUCCCCUGUAGAUGCCGCCGGCUUCUUCUCCCUGCCAGCUCCGGUUUGCUUGCUGGAAUUCUGGUUUUGAUCGUUCUGUCACCGUAGCACUUGGGUUAGCCUUCUGUUCUGUGCGAGUAAGGUAAGUAAAUCAUGGUAAAGCCCUUCGAUUUUAAAGCAUGUUUUAAACUGUUUUUGAGAUGGUGGCAAGGUUUAACUUGAUUUUAAUUGAUUUUAUCUGCAUCUGAGUGUGAUUAAACUGAAAUGAGAAUUUUGAUGAUUUUCAUGAAAAUUAUUGUUUUCUAGAAGUGAGCAUGAUUGGAAUGAAAAAGUGAGAAUCUCAUUGUUUUUCUGGAGUUAUUGUGCCGAGCAUGAUUGGUUUGAAAUUGAGUGGAGCAUGCCUAUUUGGAACUGAUUGAACUGUUUUGAUUAAAUGAGAGUUUUGUAAAUUAUGAUUUUCUGUUAAAUCCAUGCCCACAUGGAAUGUUCUGGUUAUUUCUGAAAUUAUGGAUUUCGAUCGUGAAUUUGGGACUUCGAUUGUGAAUUACAGAUUUUGAUUGUGAAUCCUGCAUGGUUUUGUCUCUGAUAUAGUCAUGAUUUUCGAUCCCCGCUAGUGGGUGUAACGCUAGCACUUCCGAUCACCGCUAGUGGGUGUGUAGCACAUCCGAUCCCCGUUAGUGGGUGUAACGCUAGCACUUCCGAUCCCCGCUAGUGGGUGUAACGCUAGCACAUGUCAACAUGUUUACUGAUAUGACCGGUUCAUUCUGACGCCUGCCUCUGGGCGAAUACAUUGGCAAAUUUCUGUUGCUUGCCAGUGGGUUGUUAUAACACUGGCCAUGACUUAUAGAUGAGACUACUGAAUUGAAUUUGAUUAUGCAUUAACGGUUUUGUCAUGAAACGUUUUGUUAUUGAACUGAAUCUGAUUUUGCAUUGACGGUUUGUCAGGAAACGUUUUGCUAUUGAACCGAAUUUGAUUUCCGCAUUAACGGUUUAUUAGUGAAAGUUCUGUUAUACUUACAUGGUUUAUCUGGCAUGCUAAAAGUUUUACC